AUGAACUCAGGAUGUUACCCAUGUUCUCGGCGCCGCAUCCAUUGUGAUCGCACCGAGCCUACUUGCCAAAAGUGUGCUGCCCGAGGUUUACAAUGUACUGGGCUAGGGCUCAAAUUACGCUUCCCAUAUGGUGCUCCGAUUUCUAUAUCCACUACCUCAGAAGCACCAGGGACAGGCCAUCGAAGCAGGUCAAACGCAUUUCCUGCGCAAGAUCCCGUCUUCACCUCGCAAAGCAGCUCUGACCAGACGUUCCCGCCAGUAAUACUAAACGAUUUUGGAAGCACUGAAGACGUACCGCCCUCCAUUUUCUUGAGCAACGAAGACAUUUCCCGUUUUACAAAUAGCAGCUCACGACAAGACAUUCACGAAAACUUAUCUAGCUACAGCGCCGUUGAGACUGGCGUGGAACCUGGAAAGCAUGAGACAGCUUUGGCCAGGUUCAAUCAGAUUGGGGGUAUGCCUCAUAUCCCCACCGAAAAUACUCCAUUAUGGAAAAGAAUGAUGUGCAAAUACUUCUCGGAUAAUAUCGCUCCUGAAAUGACUGCCAUCGACGGAAGUCACAACGAAUGGCGUCAUUUGGUUCUAUCACUCGCCCAGGCAGAUAACUUAGUAAUGGAUGCAGUUGUAACAGUGGCAUUUUACCAUCUCGAAUUGAACAGAUUCACGCAGGCCCAUAGGAGAACAAAAUGCGAACUCUCAACCACCCGGAACGACCUACGAGACCCAAACGAGAUGUACAAUCGAGUAAUCCUGGGCCUCCGUAGCCAACCAGAGCUAAACAGCGGGGAUGUCAAUAUCAAGAUUUCUGUUUCAAUAACUAUCCUCAUCCUAUUUGUUGGAGCGAUGGUCACCGGGGGUUCAGACUUUCUGUUGUUGUCUAGGAUGCUAGAAUCCGCAAUAGAGGCAAUGGGCGGUGAAGACAAUCUCCCACGAGUCUAUGCUUCAGAUUUUAUAAGAAAACAAAACCACAAGAUCCGUAUUUAUGCUGCCCCGCUCCUUAAUGAGAAUAGGGGAAUCCAGUUCAUAUCGUCACAAUCCCACAAGGAGCAGCUAUUCAAUUCCCUCACUCAUAGGUUAUCGGAUUACCCUGAGCAUAGUCCAACAAUGAUGUUGGUGAGAGACUUGGUGCAACAAGCCCUAGACUUAUACAUUGAACAAGUCGAUUGCCGGACGGAUGACCAGACUUCUGGGGUACUUGGACAUAUGACCUCCAUGAUUCGAGUUCAACACUUUAAAGAAACCUUAGAAGCGUUUCCUCAAGGAGCACCUGGCGAAAGGGUUCUGGUCUGGGCAUGCUUCAUCGCGGCCUCUGCGAGCAUCUUGGACGAGCACAAAGAAUUCUUUGAACAAAUACUUCUCCGGCAUCAGUCAAGGAAUGGAUUCAUUAACAUCCUCGAGGGUCUAGAAUACUUGAGAAGGAUUUGGAGUCGAACGUCCCAAGAGAGGUGGACAUCACUUCUCGCCCAAGUCAAUGUUCUUGUCAUGUAG